CGGAAACAAAUUUCAUUGGUCAAAGCGAAAAAGUGAAAGAAGAAAUUCGAAAAUCUGGCGGUCCUAAGCAUAUCUGCAUAGAUAUCUGUUGAAUAUCCCUACAUACCUAAUGACAAAGUAUCAGUAAUAGAAAAAAAACCAGCAUUAUGGCGUUUUCUAAAGCACCAUUUAAACGCUUUAACGAAAAGACAGGUUGUGCACCUCCUGUUGGCUCAUAUGAUCCUAAACAGAAGGAUAAAGCUGUUUCUAUGCAAUUUGAUAAAGGAGGGGAUCGAUUCAAAACACCAAAAGAUAUUCUUCUUGGACCUGGAUCUUUUGACAUUGAUACACCAGUUAAAAAGUGCCCAUUGAAUCAAUCAACAUGUAGUAAUGGGGGAGAUAAAAAGAAAAAUCACAAAACUUCAGAAAACUCCUUGGAAAUGGCAAAAAUCAAAGAUCUGGAACGAGAGAUAAAAAGGUUAGUUCAGGAGAGAAAUAACUUAGAUAAGCAGUUAACACACAGAGAAGACGAUAUAGUUAAAUUAGAAGGAAGAUUACAAACAGCUCACACAGAUAAAAUCUCCCUUCAGGCAAAAAUAGCUUCACUAGAAAAAGAAUUGAAGGAGCUAAAGAAAAGUAAUGAAGUCCUCAGAAAUAAGAUGUCAAAUGCAGACACAGCAUGUAAGAAACAAGAAAGUCUUCAGCAUGAGUUAUCUUCCCUGAAACACCAGAUGGAGUGUAAGAAUAAAGAAAUAUCUCGUGUUAAACAUGAAUUGGAUAUCACACAGAAUCACCAGAACAAUGAACUACAUAUUUUAGAAAAUGUUGUCAUGGUGAUAGAAGAAAGAAUCCAUCAUUUGGAUAUUGAUGCUGAUCAUAACUGCACACCUAGGAACAACUCAGAAAUAAGCAGUUUCAAAAGAAAAGGCAGUGAAGAUUUGGCUGUCAAUAUGAAAACAGAAAACCCCAAGAAAAUCAUUGAGAAGUUACAGAAACGUUUUAAUGAGACAAUUCAAGAGUUCGACAAGAAGAUACAGUUGUUUAAGACCCGGUAUGAAAGGAUUAUGGCGGACAAAGUAGAUCUGGAACAAAAUCUGGAGAAAAAGGAGAUAGCCUUGAAAGAUUAUAGGGAGGAAUCUGACACUCUUGAAAAAAACAGGAGUAUGUUAUCAACUAAAUAUUCCACAUUAAAAAAGAUGAUCAAAGAUUUAAAGUCAGAAACCUGGAGUCAAGAGGAUGAUAUCAGAUAUUUAAAAGGAGAGGUAUUUUCCAAACAAGAUAACUUGAAGGAAGAAGGACAGAUAUUGUUUGAGGUCAGAGCAGAGAAAGCCAGUCUCCUGGAGAAAUUGGAUAUCCUGGAAGAAGAAAAUGGAACAUUGAAUGAAAACAUCAAGACAUUAACAGAAAAGUACCAUGUUAUUGAAGGUCAAUUUGCAGAGGAACAAAAUCAGAAUAAUGUGAAAUCCGAUCAAGUUCAGUCCCAACUGGAUGUUACUAAAUGUCAUCUGAUGGAGGUCCAGGACCAAUAUCAAUUCCUACAGUCCAAGAAUAAAGAACUGGUCCAUUCCAUCAACAAAGAGAAGGAGAAUGUGGAAAAAUUUAUCUAUGAAUUAGAUGAACAGAAACAGCUGACCUCUGACCUCCAGAUGUUAGUUGUUGAUAAAGAAGAGAAAAUAACAGACUUGGAGAUAUCACUAGAGGCCACAAAAGUGGAAUUACAGAACUUAAUGGACAGCAUAGAAGAUAAGGAGGGUGAUAUCAUAAACUUACAACACAGAAUUCACAGUCUAGAGGAAAUGGAGAGGUCACUUCAAAGUCAAAUACAACACGAAAACAAGGUCAACCAAGAAACAGCAAGACAACAUGCAGAUAGAAUAUUACAUUUAGAACAUCGUGAGAUUUCUGUUACCGAGGAAAACAUCAAGUUAUGUAGAGAACUAGAAGAGAUGAAUCAUCUCAAAUCUGCUGUUGAGGAGAAAAUGGAGGACGGACACAAGGAAUUGACAAACCAGUUACAACUGGUUCUGAAAGAAAAGGAAAGCAUACAAACUGAACUGGAAAUCACACAAAAAAAGCAAGCAAGUUUGAAGGAAGAAGUUUCUAACCUUGAAGGGAAACUAACAACUGUAGAAGAUACACUAGAAAUAGAAAAACAAACACGUCUUGAUAUUGCUGAGCAGAUGACAGGAAACAUUCAGACAGUUAUCCAGGAGAAACAAGAUUUGAUCAACAACUUACAAUCACUUACCUCACAAAUAGAAAAAAGUAAAUCUGACAACAUUUACCUGAUAGAACAGAUACAGGAAUUAGAGAAAGUGAAAGUACAACAACAACAGGAAAUAUUACAUCAGAAGGAGGAGUUAGGCAAAGUGAAAGUAGAUAAAGAAAACACUGAUGAUAAACUGAAGAAGUUGGAUGCUAAAUUCCACAGUCUAAACAAAGAAAAUACACAGUUAAUGAAUGAGAUUGACUUUUUACAGGAGAAAAAAUUGAGGGAUGAAAAUGAAAUUAAGGAUCAAAUUGAAACAUUGAAAAGUGAUUUGUUAAAUUUGAAGGAGAAAGAUGAGAGUCAAACUGAGGCUAUAUCUCAACAUGUUGAGUCAUUGGAAGAUGCUCAUUCUGAGAUUGAAAAGUUGAGGAAUGACACUAUGAAUCUGAAGGAGAAAGAGACAGUUCAGACUGAGACUAUAUCUCAACAUCUCAAGUCAUUAGAAGAUGCUUAUACUAGAGAGAAAGAAUUAGAUGAAGAGAAAGUAGAGCUAACAUCAAAAUUAGAACAAGUAACAACACAAAAAGAGGCCAUCUCAAAACAGUUUUCUGAGUUAGUGAGUUCAUUAGAAGAAGUGAGUAACAAAUCAACAGAGAAGGAGACCAACUGGAGAAGUGAACAGGAGAGAUUGAUCACAGAAUUACAGACGGUCACAAACCAAAAGGAGAUCUUACAACAAAGGAUUACUUCCCUUGAGGAGGAAAAAGGAGCACUUGGGGAAUUAGUUAAGCAUUUAGAAACUAAGUUGGAAGAUGUGGAAAGAGAAAGUAGAACAGAAAUAGAUUCUAUUAAAACCCGUUUAGAAAACACAGAACACCAGAAUGAGACACUACAAUCUGUGAACCUGACAUUACAGGAGACAUUAGAGGAUCAAGGUGUACGAUCUCACAGCUUGGAAAACGAUGUAGAAAAGUUAACACAAGAAAUACAUGUGUAUAAAGAUUUCAAAGGGAAGUAUGAAGAUAAAGUCAAAGAAAUAUCACAUGUGGAACAGGAAAUGAUGUCACAGAUUGAUUCACUAAAGGUUAAAAUACAGGACACUGAGGCAGGGAAAGAUAUGCUGAAUCAGCAGAUUAACGAUAUUAAUAAAAUAGUCGAUACUUUAAAUACGGAGAAUGCAAGACUUGAAAAGGAAAUAGAUACUAAAGAAGAGGUCAUAGAAAGGUUAACUUUACAAUAUGAAUCUGAAAUAAAAACUUUUAAAACUGAGGUCAAAGGUCAACAAUCUUGUAAUAGAGAUUUGACUGAUAAUAUACAGCUUUUAGAAAACAGACUUAAAGAAUUAGAAAGUGAAACUGUGAAAUAUAGAACACAAACUGAAGCGAUGCAAAACGAAGUAAAGCAUAAAGAAAGUGAAUCAAUAAAUAGAAUAGAAGAUUUAUCUCAACUUCUCCAUUCAGUGAAGGAGGACAGGAAUCAGCUAACACAGGAAGUUCAAUCUUUACAAAGUCAAAUACACACAGUGGAAGAUGAAAAAGAAGAAAUGGCCAAACACUAUGAAGAUGAAUUAAUGGAUCUGAGAGACCAAGCCAAGGCUAUGGACAAUGAUAACAACUGGAAGAAGAUGUAUGAAGACCUGAUGACAAAAGUGGAGCCAUUCAUGGCACAGAUAGACGCUUAUGAGAUGGAGAAAAUGGCACUACUGGGGAGAAGUCAGUUUGCCCAGGCAGAGAUGGAUAAAUUGAGUCAAGCCUAUGCCAAAUUACUGGGGCAUCAAAAUCAAAAACAGAAAAUCCAUCAUAUUGUCAAAAUAAAAGAAGAAAAUAAUAGUCUGAAAAAGGAAACUACCUCACUCAGAGAACAGGUUAAUAAGCUUAAAAGAACCAACCAGAAACUAGAGGAAAAGACCUUGACAUUAGAAGGGCGAAAAAGAUUUGAUCCAUCUAAAGCUUUCCAAUCGAAAGAGAACACAGUUCCACCAUCAAGUCCAUUAAAGGAUGGAAAUAGAAAAUAAAGAAAAGAAGCCAAAAGAAAGGGAACCUAACCAUUAUGGACCUGUUAAAUGUCAGCGGUGUGAAGUCAAGGAGCACAGUAUAUAGUGUUAUUUUUUACAUUGCGUAAAAUGAUUCUAACAAUGUGUGUUAUAAGUAUGACAAUAUAGUGUUAUUGUUACAUUGUGUAAAAUGAUACUUAUAAUGUGUUAUAUGUUACCUUUUAUAAUCUUACAGUGACAUUGUGUAAAAUGAAUCUAACAAUAUGUGUGAUGUCACAUUAUUUAACUAUAGUAACAUUUGUGACGAGUGAACCAACACCUUCUAACGGAAAAGCUGGUAGAGUAACCUUGUGUAAAAUGAUAGAGAAUUUGUACUGUAUGUCAAGUUACACAGCACAUAGUUUUAAUGGUGUAAAAUGAUUCUAACAAUGAGUGAAAUAAUUGUGACAAUGUAUUGUUUUAUCAUAAUAUAAAUACCCAAUCAUUAUUAAUAAACAAAAAUGAUAGCAAUAUUAUUUGUAAGAUUGAUUUUAAAGAUUCCAUUCCUCCUCAUAAAAUAUAAAACCCAAGAUUUGACUUCUCAAGAUCAUAUAAUAUUCAUUUGAAGGUUGUGAAUUUUAGUGUCUCCCAAAACAUAUUCUCAUAUCACCUGGAUAAUUAAAUAGGUAUUACCCCAUUGAGAACAGCGUCUAGUCAGAAAUGUUAACUGAAUAUUACAGCAGCUUCAUUUCUUACUUCAUAUAUACUCACGCAUAUCACUUUUAAGACGAGGAAAUAGCAGGUUUUAAUUAUGUGAAGUACCACUGUAGUUUAACCUUGUAUUUUAUACUGUACUUUAAAUAGUUAUUAGUGUUUUUAAUGUAGAAUUAUGUAUGCAACCACUUUUUAUUUUUUAAAUCAUUUGUUAUAAAUCUAUAUGUAUGAUAGGUACAAGUAUCUUUUCUGAGUUAAUAUAAAGGAUUAAACUAUGACAAUUUUAAACCUAUGGCAGCACAUUUUUCACACUACCUCUAUUUAUUUUUUAUUAGUAAAUGUUAAAAUCUUGAAGGUACUUUUUCAUCUUUGUUCGAUCUACAAGCGAUAAUUUUUCUCUGUACCUUUAUUUUUAUAGUGUCUGUUGUUCUUUAGUUUUUAGUAUGUAGUGAUUAGUAAUAACUAGAUAUAGACUUAUGUAGAGAAAAAAGUUUAGAAAAAAACUCAACUCAUUAACACUUGCCUGAAUUAGCAACAUUUUUAACUGUUAAAGUAUUUACAAAAAAUGAUCUGGUAACACCAGUGCUUGAUAUGCCAGUCAUAUUUCUAAAUAUUUUUCCUCAAGCUUUUCUAAACAUCACUAAAUGAAAUUCAAGCACAUACUAUUUGAUGAAUAUGUACGAUGCCUUUGAUUUGACCUUUAUAUAUGCAGCAGGGAUAUGCCACACAAAUAUUAUCUUAUGUGUCACAUUUAUAUGCACAAAUUAAAUCAUUGCCUGAUAAACUUUUGAUCAUAGAAUCACAUUUUCAAUCUUGUUACUUACUGAUUCUUUAUGUAGCAUGUCAGUAAAGGUUUUGUUUUAAAUCAGGUUCAACUUUAGGCUGACAUAUCAUGUGUUGAGUUUGAUUAUUUAUGUAUUUUGUGCAUGAUCAAGAUCAAUUAAAAUUUUAGACCAUGUUUAA